AUGAGUUCUCCUACUAAAAAUGCAUCUACAGUAGAUCUGGCAAAUUAUCCUUCGAUGGAUUGGCCUACUUCCUUAGAUAUUCCUUUGAAGGCUUCUGAAGAACUGGUCAGUAUCGAUUUAGAUACAGAUUUACCAGACGAUCCAAACGAUUUAAGAACAUUGUUAGUGGAAGAAAAUUCCGAUAAAGAACAUUGGUUAAUGAUAGCAAUUGCAUACUGUAACCAUGGUAUGUUGGAAGGAGGUAUCAAAUUGAUUCAAAUCGCUCUUGAUAUAUUUUCAGAUUAUGAUAAAGCCAGUCUUUAUACGUUUUUAACAUGGGCUUAUUUGAAGAUGGCUAAGACGAAUAAUAAUGAUAUAAUAAAAAGAGAAGAAGCUUUACAAAAUGCAGAAAACAAUUUGAAAGAUGCAAUUGCUUUUAAUCCAACUUGGAUUGCAAAUAUCUUAGCCACUUUAGAUUUGUAUUAUCAAAGAGGUCAUUAUGAAAAGGCUCUCGAGACAGCUGAUUUGUUUAUAAAAGGGAUUGAAGCUGAAGAGAGAAGAUCUGGUAAACCUCCAAAACCUAACUCUAUGUUUUUAUUUUUAAGAGCUAAACUUUUGUAUCACAACAAAAAUUAUAAAGCUAGUUUGAAAGCAUUCCAAGAAUUAUUGGUUAUUAACCCUAUGAUUAAACCAGAUCCUAGAAUUGGGAUUGGUAUGUGUUUCUGGCAAUUGAAAGAUUAUCAGAUGGCAAUUAAAUCAUGGAAGAGAGCUGCCCAAUUAGAUCCAAAUAAUAAAGGUGCCUCUACUUUAGUAUUAUUGACAGAAUUUUAUAACGCUUUGACAGAAUCAAAUAAUGAUACUCAAUUCGAGGAAAAUUUUACUAACGCUUUAAAGGAUUUGGAUUCUCAAUUAUCAGCAGAUAAAGAAAAUCCAGUUCUUCUAAUUCUAUUACAGAGUUAUUAUUAUUUCAAAGGUGACUACAACAAAAUUUUAGAAAUAUAUGAAAGUAAAUUAGCUCCAAGAAAGGAUUUAUUGUCAAACACUGUUUUAUCUGAUGCCACAUUCUGGUGUGGUAGAGCUCAAUAUGCUCUUGGUGAAUAUCGUAAGGCAUUUGCCAUGUUUCAAGAAAGUUUAAGAAAAAAUGAGGAUAAUCUUUUAGCUAAAUUUGGUAUUGGUCAAGCUCAAAUUAAGACUAAUUUGAUUGAAGAAAGUAUCUUAACAUUUGAAAAUCUUUUAAAAACUCAUGAAUCUAUACAGGAAUUGAAUUAUAUUUUGGGUCUUUUAUAUUCCAGUAAAUGUUUGGAUGCAGAAAAUAGAAAAACUUUAUCUCCAAAAGCAUUGAAGAGUACAUCAAAUAAAGCGAUUCAAUUUUUAGAAAAAUAUGUCAAUUUAACCACUGCCAAAAAGAAUCAAUUAGUGACACCCCGUGCUUACUUACUAUUGUCUCAAUUAUAUGAGAUUAGAAAUCAUUACAAGCAAUCAUUAGAAUUCUUGAGUAAAGUAGUAGAUGAAUUGGAGUUUAUUAACGAGGAUAACGUUCCGUUAGAAAUUUACAACAAUAUGGGUUGUUUCUAUUUCAUAAAUGGUGAAGUUGAGACUGCCAAUAAAUAUUUCAAGUCUGCACAAGAAUUAAAUCAAGAUAAAAGUGUUGCUAUUACAAUAGAUUAUAAUGUAGCAAGAUCUGAUGAAUUAACUAAUAUCGAAGGUUCCGAAGCAGUUUAUGGAAAUAUUUUACUUGAGCAUCCAUCUUAUCUAUCAGCUAAGAUAAGGGAAUUAUACUGUAAAUAUGUUUCAUCAUCGACGCAUAAUAUUGAAAAAGAAGAUGAAAUUAUGAAAGCUUUGUUAUCUAAACAUGAAUCUAAUUUGGAGAUUCGUUCAUUUUACAGUUGGUAUCUAAGUACAGUGCAUAAUAGUAGUGAUUUAGAGACUGAAAGUAAUAAAGAAACUUUAGUCAAAUAUGAUUCCCAUGAUUUAUAUGCGUUAGUUUCAUUGGCCAAUUUAUAUUGUGCCAUUGCGAAAGAAGGCAAAAAGACCGGAUCUAGUAAAGAUAUGGAGAAAUCCAAACAAUCUUAUUUAAAGGCCAUUCAAUUAUUCCAAAAAGUAUUACAAAUUGAUCCAUUAAACAUUUUUGCAGCUCAAGGUAUUGCUAUUGUAUUUGCUGAAAAUAAGAGAAUGGGACCAGCAUUAGAAGUCUUAAGAAAAGUUAGAGAUUCUAUUAAGAAUGAAGAUAUUCAUAUUAAUCUUGCUAAUUGUCUACUAGAGAUGAAUGAAUAUGUGAAAUCUAUUGAGAUUUAUGAAUUAUUAAUUAGAACCUUUGAUAAUUUGAAAAAUAAACCAUAUGUUUAUAAUAUGUUGGGUAAAGCUUGGUAUUCAAGAGGUAUGAGAGAAAAAUCUGUUGAUUAUUUGAAAAAAUCUAAAGAAAAUGUUAAACUAUCGAUUGAAGCUCAAGGUAAUGAAUCAUUAGUGAAAAAUGAUAGUAAAGAAAUAACUAAAUCUAACAAAUUUGUCAACACCUUGAAGUAUAAUUUAGCUUUGUUGGAAUUUCAAAUCGCAGAAACUUUGAGAAGAGCACCUGGUACUGCAAGAACCUCUGCAGAUUUAAAGGAAGCAGUUCUUGGUUUACAAAAUGGUAUAGUUAUAUUACAAGAAUUAAAAGAUAAUGAAUCAUUUGUUAUUGUUCCAAAGGAGGAAUUAGAACAAAGAAUUCAAUUAGGUGAAACUACAAUGAAGACUGCUCUUGAACGUUGUAUAUCAGAACAAGAAGUAUUUGAUAAACAAAAUGAUAUUAAAUUGGAAGAAGCUCGUAAGGCAUUAGAACAACAAGAACUUGAAAAUAAAAAGAAGCAAGAAGAGGAAGAAGAAGUAAAACGUGUUAAAUUAGAAAAACAAGCAGCAGAAUAUAAGAAAUUACAAGAUGAGGCACAACAGUAUGUGUUAGAGCGUGAAAGUAUGCUAGUUGAUGAAAAUAAUGCUGGUGCAGAUUCUGAUGUAUCAUAUGAUAGUGAUGGUCAAAAGAGAAAGAGAAAGAGAAGUAAAAAUUCAAAGGAAUCUACAGGUAAUAAGAAAAAGAAACGUAAGAGUGGUGCAGAUGAUGGUGAUAAUGACGAUGAUGAAGAUGAUAUAAUUAAAUCUGCUAAAAGUAAACACAGAGGUAAAAGAUCUACAUUAUCGGAAGAAUUUAUUGCUGAUAGUGACGAGAGUGAAGAAGAACCAGUUUAUGAUGAAGGUUCCGACAAAGAAGAUAACAACGAAAAUAAUAAUAAUAACAACAAUGAUGGUAGUAGUGACGAAGGUGAUCUCUUCUAA